AUGGUGUUGUUUAGUUGACCAGCAGGGAGGGGAGGAGGCUGUUGAACCUCCUGUGGUAGUUAAUAGCCAGAGAGAACUAGCAAUGGGUCAACGGGACGAGGAGAGAGUUGGGACACUAGAAGAUACAGCAGUGAAGAGAAGAGAGAAGCUAUUGGCACUGAAGAAGAGGAGACGAGGAGGAGAGGAAGAGGAGGAAAAGGAGGAGGGGGAAGACUUACCUCCUCCACAAGUACUCUUCAGGAACUACAAACCACAGGCUGAGAAACUAGAAGAAUCAGUUUUACCUUUGGUGGUCCCAGAUUAUGUGGGAGCCCUGGUCCAGCCUCAGAUAGACGACGGGGAAAAGGCUAAGGAAGAAGUUCACGUCGAGAUCACCAAUUUGGCCCCGAAGAAGAUAACAUUCGACCUGAAGCGCGGCAUCCAGCCCCAACUGGACAAGUUAGACAGACGGACAGACAAGGCCAUAGCAGAGCUGAUUAGACAGAAGUUGAAGGAAGGUAAACAACAGGACUUCUUGAUUGCCGUUAAUGUCGGCGCUCAAGUCCACCAAAAGACCGGUUAUGACUCUGAUGACUGAGUGUCUGUUUAGGUCUGUACUGCUCCCCCAUUAUACUUAUGUUUGUCAAUUCCACUGUACUGUAAUUUAUGUAUAUAUAAAAAAAUAAAUAAAUAACAAAUACAUAAAUAAAAU